GGUUGAAGACGCUUAUAAACCGACUGAACCAGCUCCAAAUUUGUAUGGAACCGAACAAAAAGCCGGUGCUUUGCCCCGUUUAAAACGAACGUGAAUGACAGACCGCUAGUCCAUUAGUGAUUUGCAUAGCAAUUAAAACCCUAGCUAGCAUUAUUAGGUACCAUACUCGAGAAUGGAAGAUAGCUUCAGAGUUCGGGUGGAUAAAGCAUUCGGGUCUCUACUGGCGUCGCCACCGUCGUCUUCCGAUAGUAGAGGGAAGGAGACUUCGUCGCUGCCGCUAAGCUCCCUAUGGUGUCUGACGGACGAGGAGAUCCAGAGAAAGGAAUGGAACAGGGACCCUGGCGACCACGACUUCUAUGAUUCCAUGCCCUACCCGCCCAAUCUCGACGGCUUCGUCUUCGCUAAUAAUAAUAAUCAUACCGAUGAUGUUGCGAAUACGGCACAAACAGUUGUUCCGUCGUCUUCUCAGCCUGGGCCCUCAUCCCCGGAUCUCAAUCAGCAGUUUGAAACUGACAUCGUAGACAUUGACUACCUUUCUGAAGAUUAUGGUGACGAUGAAGAUGAAGAACCAAAUAGUAAAAGCAAGAGGCAGCGUGGAAGCCCCAAUGACGAUGACGAUGAUGAAUCGAAUAUUCGAUCUUCUAUUGGCCAGGAUUGUACCCUUGACUACGAGGAAGAGGAAAAUGAAUAUGAUAAGGUAGCUGUGGGCAGGGAAAAGGUGAGUGAUCAUUGUUUAUACAUGAGGGAUGCUACUGAAUAUGGAAUUGGUGUCAAUACCUACAAUGAACUUCCUGAUACACUUCAAGAUUUUGUAAGGGAUCCUCGUGCUGAUCAUGCCGCUGCCAAACUUAGGCUCAAGGAAGAUGCAGAGGCGGCUGGGAAUUUUGAUUUGCUUAGGCUUUCUGAUGCUCCUGAGGUUUCGAGUUUCGUAUUGGAAGAUGGAAGCAGCAGAAAGUCUAUAAUCAAGAAGAGAGAUGGUCAGAAAGAUGUAAAAUCACAAAAACGGGUGCGGUUCAACAAUAACAGUACAGAUGGAAACUUGAUAGCCACUAAGGAAAAUUGUCCUAUCAAAGAGGAAAAGGCUUCUGGUUCUGGAGAGGGUUUAAACAUGAUCCAGGAUACAUUUGUUCCAGAUUAUAUAAGGAACCCUUCAAAUUAUACUCAUUACACUUUUGACACAGCCGCUGAUAUGGAUGAUAAUUCAAACCGAAAGGCUUAUUUGGACUUCCUUAGUCUUGUAAGAAAGCCAGGCAUCACCACCACAACAGUGCAGCAUCAAGGCAAUUUGGUGAAUAAUCCUCCAAAAUCGGUUAUCUUCAAUCUAAAGAAGGCGAGUCUUGAUGUCCAUACAGACAAAGUAGGAAACAAAUACCCUAAUGUGCAUGUGGAGAAAUAUUCACGAGUUGGAAUAGCCCUCAGUGAUGAUGCCCCAGAAGACGAAGUCGUCUCUGCCAUGGAAGAAGAUGACCACGGAAUAGCAGUUGAUACAAUGAACACAACAUUGAAAUCCAGCCGACAGUAUCGAGUACGGACAAAAAGGGAUUUUGACGAUCAAGAGUAAAGACGCCUGUAUGAAAUUCAACAAAAGAAUUGGAAAUAAAUGCUGUUCAAGAUUUGACAAUAGAAAGAGUGGCUUCGGGAAUGUUGGUGCUUUGAACUGAAAUUGUCAGAAUUGAUUCUUAAGAGAAUAGCACAUACAGGUUUGUACAACACAAUAAUGUCACUCACACUAGAAAUGUAGAAUUGACAGUUCAACUUUCAUUUUGUAAUCUCCAUUUUUGUUAUAGCAGAAGAAGUUGCUCCCAAGUCCCAACUCAAACUCUUUUUACCUGUGCCAUUGAACUAGUGCUUUCAUAUUGCACUUUCAUAUUUGGUACAUUUUGUACCAUUGUUGGCAGUACUUUAUAGUAUUGGUAAGGGACGUUUGGUUAUGUAAUCCUAGAUUACCUAGGUAUUGAGUUUGUCAGUAUGAUAAUGAUAAUGUUAUAUUAUCCCAAUUGUUGGCAGUUGUCUUUUCCUAUCGAGUUUAUAAUAGCUUCUAGUGCUCUGAAGGGAGUGGUUGAGCGGACGUAAUAUAAUUAUCCUAUCUAAAAGUUAUAAGUUGAAUUCU